AUGGAAUCUACAAGCAACACUCCUGGUCUGGAUAUGACGGUUCUUGGGCUAAACUCGGGAACAUCUAUGGAUGGUAUCGACUGUGCUCUGUGCCGCUUCAGGCAGUUGUCAUCGGACAAACCGAUGCAUUUUGAAUUGCUGAAAUAUGGCGAAAUACCUCUUGAAAAGACAAUAAAGAAACGCGUGAUGGAUAUGAUCUUACACAACAAAACGACUCCUGAAGAACUAUCUGAGGUCAACGUGCUUCUUGGGGAAACGUUUGCCGACGCCGCCAUCAAAUUCUGUUCUGCAAAUAAUAUUCCUUUGAAUUCGGUCCAUGCUAUCGGUUCGCAUGGGCAGACUAUUUGGCUCCUUAGCAUGCCGGAGCAAAGCCAGGUUCAAUCAGCUCUCACCAUGGCCGAAGGCACGUUCAUCGCGUCGAAGACAGGCAUUACAACCGUUACAGACUUUCGCGUAUCUGAUCAAGCGGCAGGUCGCCAGGGCGCUCCCCUUAUUGCCUUUUUCGAUUCUCUCGUCCUUCAUCACCCGACCAAGUUUCGAGCGUGUCAGAAUAUUGGUGGCAUAGCCAAUGUCUGCUUCAUCCCUCCAGAUGAAGAUGGCAAGUUAAACCAGGCGUUUUUCGACUUUGACACGGGCCCUGGAAACGUCUUCAUCGAUGCAGCUGUUCGAUUCUUCACCAACGGUAAGAGAGAAUACGACAAGGAUGGUGAGAUGGGCCACGCCGGAAUCGUGAACCAAGACAUGGUGGACGAGUUCCUCACGACGCACCCGUAUUUUGCACUGGAUCCACCCAAAACGACGGGCCGAGAGGUCUUUAGAGAUAGUAUUGCUCAGGAUAUGAUUUAUCAGGGCCUAGAGAAGGAGAUGUCGCCUGAGGACAUUGUCGCCACGAUUACAAGAAUCACAGCUGAGGCUAUUGUUGACCACUACCGCCGAUAUAUGCCUACGCAAUAUGGUCCCCUUGCCGAAAUCUACAUGUGUGGUGGUGGUGCCAAGAAUCCAAACAUAACCGACUAUAUUCAACAGAAUUUCCCAGAGACCAAAGUCGUGAUGCUGGACGAGGCGGGGAUUCCAGCUGACGCAAAGGAGGCUAUUACUUUUGCAUGGCAAGGCAUGGAAGCUAUAGUAGGGCGAAGUAUCCCCGUACCAGACCGAGUUGCUACAAGACGACCGUAUAUACUGGGUAAAAUUAGCCCUGGAGAGAAUUACAGGCAGGUCAUGAAGAUGGGAAUGUCGUUUGAGCCGGGUAGCAAUCAUCUGCAACCGGUGGCAGACUUGGUCAACUAUGUCAACGGUAUUGUAUUUAAUAACAAAAAAGAGGAAUAAAUA